AUGGCAGAUGAUAGAGAGUACGAGCCAACCCAACCCAUUGAGAUCAACGUCGAGAUCAACCCCGUACCUCCAAUCGUCGUCAACCCUCCAGAGACGCAAGCUCCAACCACACAGGAGCAUGAAGACUGGGCAACCGCUGUGGAAACUUUUCCUUCAGUCAACAUCUCAAAUAUUAAAACGAGGAAGUCCGAAAUACCAACGAUGCCAUCAACUUCAAGUACACCAACGCAGCUCUCAACAGGUACAGCCAAUCAACUAGAGUUUCUGGAAGACCGAAUACUUGAAUUCAACGCCAUUGAUGAGGAACUGAGGGAAUUAAGAGCCUCAGAUACAACGUUGGAGGAACUCAACGGCCAUGAGGAAUAUUUAAAGGAUGCCUGGACUGAAUUUGCUGAGCGAUCACAGGCAUUGAUUGCUAAUCUACCUGCUGAUCACAGCUACAUGACGGGAAAGGCAUUCCUCAAAACUGGAGAAUUAAAACGGCAGACGCUGAAGAGGAUCUGGAAACUUAAAGGGGAAAUAUCAACGAAGGAGAAAUUAUCCGCGGGUAGAACAACGACCACUCAACUGAAAAGAAUUGACCUCCCAAUAUUUCAAGGAAAAUUUUCCCAGUGGAAAGAGUUUGCUGAUCUUUUUCAGAAUCUGGUUGGGAGAAAAUCAGACAUGUCGCCUGCAGAAAAGUUGGUGAGGCUGAAGGAGGCUCUUAAGGGACCCCCAGCUGAGUUGAUCUCGUCCUUCACUGCUACGGACAUCAAUUACGAGAAGGCAUGGGACAAACUUCAACGGCAUUAUGAGAAUCCACGUCUCAUCGCCGGACACCUCUUCAACAGGGUGCUCAACUUGCGGCCAAUGGCUAAGGGAGACGCCAAGGCCAUGAUAACCAACGCACACAUUGCUCGUGAGACAGUGGACCACCUGAUCAGCACCGCCGGGAUUCCCAAAGAGGAUUUGGGUGAGCAAUUCGUUUUUCACUUGCUCAAGCGAUCAAUGGAGGCUGAUACUCGCACCACGUGGGAACAGAGGCUGGGAACAUCAACAAAUUUCAUACCUCUGCAGGAUUUAGUCAACUUCCUGGAGUCAACAGCAAGAGGCAUGACUCCAGAUGAUCAACACGAACCAACGGUUCAUCAACGGCCAAAGGAGAAAAUUCAACGUGGUAAAUCACCACCUCGAUCACGCGUUUAUCAUGCCGCCGAAGCAACAGCUCAACGAAAGGAGCCUCAACAUAUUAAGCCUGCUGAUUGCUGUGCAUAUUGCAGCGCCAAGCAUUUCAUUGGAAGUUGCCCAACAUUUCUCAGCCUCUCAGCGCAGAAAAAACUAGAGUUUCUGGCAACAACUCGACUGUGUUACAACUGCUUCGGUACACACCUGGUGACAAGAUGCAAGUGCACCAAAUCCUGCAUGAAAUGCCAAAACAGCGGUCCAGAGCAACCAUCAACGAGUGCGGAAUCAGGUCGUUCAACAUCAACACAAUCAACUAAAGUCAACGAGAACUCAACAGCUUCAACGACUAGCCAGGGGAUUUACGCCCCCCUGAGUCAAGUCGAAGAAUCGACUCAACGGAAUUCGGUCAACGCAGAGGACGCUAAGUUCUCCCACAAAUCAACGGAUCAACGACUAGUGCUCUUGGCUACAGCUAAAGCUAGGGCAUUCUCCAAAAGCGGAUUCUACACGAUCGCCAGAAUCCUCAUCGACCAAGGCUCAGAGCUUUCAUUUAUUUCGGAAAGCCUGGUUCAUCAGCUUCAACUACAACGACGACAUUCAACGAUUGAACUCAUCGGAAUUGGUGGAAAACACGCAUGUUCAACGAGAGGGAUUGUGGCAAUCACGCUCCAAUCAACGAAACAGCCAUUUCAACAAGUUGAGAUCAACGCCCACAUCCUGCAAAAGCUAACCUCACGGUUACCAACGUUCUCAUGCUCAUCUGCAUCAAUCGGAUCACUGCAGCAGCUUCAACUGGCAGAUGAGAACUAUUCAACACCUGGACCUAUCAACAUAAUUAUCGGAGCUGACAACUACGGGAAAAUCAUCGGCAACGGGAUUGAAAAAUCCAACGAUGAUCAAUUAGUUGGCCAACUAACAACAUUCGGAUGGAUAAUAUCGGGUCCAUUAUGCAACACAACGUCUUCAACGAGGACCUCCUUAUCCGCGGCAAGGGGAUCUUCCAACGAACAAUUAACGGAGCUUCUACAAAGAUUCUGGGUCCAGGAAGAACCACCAAUCUCAACAAAUCCAACCAACGAGCUCACACCAGACGAAUUAGAGUGUGAAGAACACUUUCAACGCACUCAUCAGCGAGACACGUCUGGGCGCUACAUUGUGCGACUGCCACUUCGCACAUCAACAGCAGCGCUCGGAGAAUCGAGGAAUAAAGCGCUUCGUCAGCUCCAGUCGGUGAAACGAAGACUAAACGCUAAUCCUGACUACAGCAAACUCUACUAUGACUUUAUCAACGAAUACGAAGCACUUGAUCACAUGCGACGUAUACAACAAAUAUCAGAACCAGCAACAAACUACUACCUGCCACAUCAUGGGGUUCUGAGGGAAGAUUCGCUAACCACGAAGCUUCGAGUAGUCUUCAACGGCUCCAACAAGACAUCAACGGGUAUCUCACUCAACGACAUCCUCCACGCGGGCGGAAAGCUUCAAGUGGAUGCAAUGGAUGUACUAACAUGGUUGAGACGACAUCGACUCGUCUUCGGCACCGACAUCGUUAAGAUGUUUCGACAAAUCAACGUACACCCUGACGAUUGGAAUCUUCAACGCAUUCUUUGGAUAGACAACAAUCAACAACUUGUGACAUACCAACUAACAACGGUCACAUAUGGACAGAAAUGCUCUCCAUGGCUCUCUUUGAGAGUUCUUCAACAACUCGUCAACGAUGAAGGUCAACGAUUCCCUGCAGCAGUGCUACCGCUAACUAAAGGCCGCUAUGUCGACGACAUUUACGGUGGAGCGGACUCUGAGGGAGAAUUCAAAGAAAUGAUAAUCCAACUUCAACAGAUCUGCCAGGCGGGCGGAUUUCCACUUCAAAAGUGGACCAGUAAUCGCCCAGAGAUACUCCAACAGCUCAACUUGUCAACGGGACCGGCAGGUACAGUGCAAUUCGAGGAAGCAGUCAUCAAAACGCUCGGAUUGUGCUGGCAUCCAGCAACAGAUUUAUUUCAAUAUAAAUCUAGAACAUUCAACUCAACGAGCUUCACCAAGAGGGUACUGCUAUCGGAAAUAGCUCAAAUUUUCGAUCCUCUUGGAUUCAUCGCACCAGUCAUUGUUCGAGGAAAAAUACUCAUCCAAGAACUAUGGCUGCUUAAACUCGCUUGGGAUGAUCAACUUCCACUCGACUAUGUUCGAAGGUGGAAAGAGUUCAGGGAGGAACUCACGCAACUAAAUCAACUGUCCAUCCCAAGAUGGCUAAAUCUAUCUCCAACGACUACCAACGUACAAAUACAUGGAUUUGCCGACGCAUCAACAGCUGCCAUGGGAGCAGUCGUUUAUCUACGAGUUCAACGAGACAACGAAACACCAACAAUCAGCUUGGUGUGUGCAAAAACAAGAGUUGCACCACUGAAAAAGCUGACGAUUCCACGCCUGGAGCUAACCGCGGCCCUUCUGCUAACAAAAAUUGUCAGCUGGGCACAACGCACAUUGGAAAUCAACGGAGAGACAUACCUUUGGUCUGAUUCUUCUGUAGCUUUGGCAUGGAUCAACAGCCAUCCAUCGAGAUGGAAGGAAUUCGUUCACAAUAGAGUAACGAAAAUCCAGGAAGAGUUACCAACAGCCGUAUGGAGACAUGUUGGUGGGAUUUACAACCCUGCUGACUGUGCUUCACGUGGCAUUUCACCGAGUCAACUCAACGAACAUCACCUUUGGUGGAAAGGGCCUGACUGGCUAGCAAAACCGCCGUCAGCCUGGCCACAACAUACAACCAGUGCUCCAACGGAAGUCUCUCUUGAAGAGAGACCAGCAACAGCUCACCCAGUAGCUGCUGAAGCUAGGCAGCAUCCACUGACAGAGUUCCUCAACAGAUAUUCUACCUUAUCAAAAGUAUUACAAGUCACCGCAACGAUGAAUCGAGCCAUCCAACGACUUCGACGACAACCAACGCCCGAUUCAUCAGUAUUAACAACGAUAGAACUCAACGAAGCGAGGACAUUCUGGGUUAAGGUAACACAACACCAAUACUUUGAAUCUGUGUUUCAGAACUUGAACAGAGAUAUUCAACUACCUCGCCAACAUCCACUGGCCAAGCUCACCCCGAGAAUUGAUGAUCAAGGAAUUCUCAGGCUUGGUGGACGACUAAAGAACUCAUUGCUUGAUCCAGACGAGACUCAUCCAAUUAUCUUACCACGACAAUCUCGCCUGACAACGCUCAUCAUCAACGAAGCUCACCAGAAAACACUCCACGGAGGAGUUCAACUCACCAUGGCUCACAUCAGACAACGAUACUGGAUCGUUGGUGGCAGAAAGUCAGUGCACGCAGCAAUUCUGCGUUGUGCUGUCUGCACCAGAUUCAGGGCAACAAGAGCCCAACAGUUAAUGGGUCAACUUCCAACAGCCAGAGCAACGCCUUCAAGACCAUUCCUGCAUACUGGAGUGGACUAUGCAGGGCCACUUCCAAUCCUGAAGUGGAGACCAACGAACGCGCAACCAUCAACGGUUCAUAUAGCGGUUUUUGUGUGUUUCACAACCUCAGCUGUUCACCUUGAACUGGUCAACAGACAAACAACGGAUGCAUUUAUCGCAGCAUACAAAAGAUUUACUGGAAGGCGAGGCAUUCCAGCUAUCAUGUAUAGUGACAAUGCAACGACAUUCGAAGGAGCAGCCAACGAACUCAACAGACUAUACAACCAAGAAUCUCCAGAUAACCAACAAAUUAGAGCUGCUCUUGCUUCCAACGGAACCCAGUGGAAAUUCAUCCCACCAAAUGCUCCUCACUUCGGAGGCAAGUGGGAGGCCGCUGUAAAGUCAACGAAGUAUCAUCUACGACGAGUAUUAGGAACAACAACGUUAACAUACGAAGAGCUCAACACGAUCCUGAUACAAAUCGAGGCCUGUCUCAACUCAAGGCCUAUUGUUCCGAUGAGAGAUGACCCAGAUGACCUUCAGGCUCUUACACCAGGGCAUUUCCUCAUCGGAGAACCUCUUCAACUACUCCCGGAGCCAUCUCAACUCAACACAAAUAUCAACAAACUCACACGAUGGAAUCUGGUGACCCAGAAAAUACAACAAUUCUGGUCGAGAUGGUCCAGGGAGUGUCUUCAACGUUACCACUCCAUCUACAAGUGGAAUCAACAGCAACGCAACAUCAAGGUGGGAGAUAUGGUCCUGAUGAUCAAUGAUGAUCUCCCUCCAGCACGUUGGCCACUGGCGCGAGUCAUUGCGGUAAGGCCAGGGCCUGAUGGACUAGUGAGAGUCGCAGAACUGCUCACAGCAACACCAGAAGUCCCAACGAAUCCAGAUGGAUCACCAUCAACACAGAACAUUCGGGUUCAACGACAUCAAUACACCAGACCGAUAGCAAAACUUUGCUUGCUACCAACGGACCCAACACCAGCAGACCAACAAGAGGACAACUAG